AUGUGUCGUGUAGGAUCAAGAAUAACAGAUGUUUCAGGGAAAGCAGCCGCAUCUCCAGGUGUUGGACAAGAGUCCGUGGACGUCGUCCUGAAGACCUUCAGAAGCUGUGAACAGCAACGACACGUUAAACCCGGCCAGCCAUCCUUCUACGGAGAGAUGGAAACCCCCCACUGGGGGGCCGAGGUGUCGGGGGGGAAACCCCCACCGGGGGGCCGAGGUGUCGGGGAGGAAAGAGCUUCCAGGCUCAGAGGACCUCCAAGGGGAAACAGAGGAAACAGAGCCCCGCCCCCGUCCUCGUCCUCCCAUCACCGACGGACAGAUUCUCAGAAACGGCAGGAUCUGGAUCUGGAUAAGCCCAAACGCCUCCAUCGCUUGACAGCCAAGGCUGAAACCCCCGGACCUCCAACAGCUGCCGGGCCGGCCCGACACAAGCCCCUCCUGGCUCCAGCCUUUAAAUGCAGCCACUCGGCUCGUGUGAGCGGAGGACUCCAGCACCCCCGAACCCAGGCUGCUCCGGACGCCACCACCAUGAGGUUUAUCUGCUGCCUGCUGCUGCUGUGGCUGCAGACGGCCGCCGCCGCCGGACACGCCAGCAUCUCCGGGGCCCGGAGGGCGCGGAGGGCGCUGCCUCCCGCUGACGAGCCUGACGACGGUGCCAUGGCCGGGGGAGACGACGCCUCCGAUCUCCCCACCUGCCUUCUGUGCGUCUGCCUGACCGGCUCCGUCUACUGCGAGGAGGUCAGCCCCGACAUGACCAGCGUUCCCACGCUGCCCAAGGAGACCGCGUACCUGUACGCCCGCUUCAACAAGAUCAAGAAGAUCAGCACCAGAGACUUCGCCGACAUCCUGACCCUGAAGAGGAUCGACCUGACGGGGAACCUGAUCUCGGAGAUCGAGGACGGUGCGUUCUCCAAGCUGACGCUGCUGGAGGAGCUGUCUCUGGCCGAGAACCGGCUCGUCAAACUCCCCGUGCUGCCCGGCAAACUCACGUCCUUCAACGCAAACUACAACCUCCUCAAGACCCGGGGGGUCAAGGCUAACGUCUUCAAGAAACUGACCGUGCUGGCGAACCUGUACCUGGCUGACAACCAGCUGGAGGCAGUUCCCCACAUCCCGGAGAGCGUCCGGAUCCUGCACCUACAGAACAACAACAUCACCGAGGUCAACGUGGACACCUUCUGCAGGUCCAACGACAGCUACUACCUACGGCCCAGUCUCAGCGAGGUCCGCAUGGACGGCAACCCGGUGGUGCUGUCCAAGAACCCCGACAGCUUCACCUGUAUGAGAGUGCUGCCCGUGGGACAGUACCGCUGAGGCGGCGCCGGACCCGCCGGACCCGCCGGACCCACCGCAGCACCUUCCUGGCUCAUGGGGACCUUUUCCAACCACCAUGACUUUGAGGAGCUAGUCCCCUGGCGGGGGGUAAAGGUGUCAUCACUCCCACUUCAUCCAACCUCAAGUUUCACUCGCAGGUCAAAAUAGAAAGUGUUUAUUGGACCGAAGGCGUUUCUCGGCUCGUCUCAACCUUUAAAAAUAGGUACCACUGAUGCACCUGCACCACUGGUCCAGCUUAGUCAGGAUAAAGAAGGUGUCUAUCAUUAUCCCCCCCCACCCCCCCAGUAAAUCACAAAGACCGACUCCCAGAGGGCACCGUGAGUGUACGUUUACAAACGGGAAGCUGGCGUCACUCCGACCCGAUUAUGAACCGGACAAAUGCCUCUGAUUUCCAAGAGUGGGGGUCCCAGUUAGUUUUAGAGCAUCCGUCUCCAUCACCAGGACCAGCCCCCCCCCCCAAUGGGGAAUAUCAGGAACUUCAGCAUGGGCUCAAAAAACUGAUGGGUGGGAGGUGUUUUUUGAGUUGGUGCUGAUUGUUCAUGCUGUAUGCAGAUGACGUUAUUCCCUUCGUAGAGGAUGCAAACAGCCGACACACAUGCAGCAAACAUCGUAGCUCCUCAUUCCAGUUUGCUUUUUGGCAAAGAAGAAAACUGCCAGUCCCGUUGCCACGGCGAUAGUUCAAGCGGGCGCCAGGCUGAUUUCGUACCACAACUUCAGAUCUACUACAGCAGAUCUGACGUUUGACCUGAAAUCUCUAAAUUAAACCUAUUUUAAAAGAUAACUAAUCUCAACAGCGUUGGUCCUUAGAUGAAGCUUCCGUAAACCCUCAACCUCCAAUUCAGCCUCCCGGAUCUAUUUUUAGAUCUUCUACAUGUCAACAAGAGGUCUCUUUUGAUGAAAGGAGGCGUUUUUCUCAUCCCAACCUCUUUAAAUCAGUAAACAACGAUGACUACCAGACAGGUUACAGCUUUUAUUCACAGCAUUCGGACCUUUGACAGUCCGGAGCAUCGUAACGUUGGACCCCUAGCGUCAUCCCUUUAAGGAAGCAGUGAACACAACCAGGUGAAUGGACUCUCUCCUCUUUUGCUCUUGAGGACCUUUGACCCUCCGUCCAGAGGAGGACGACCUCUACUGGACGGAGGAUGGAACAUCUCCAAGAGCAACGACAGAAGAGAGUCCACACUCAAACGCCCCCGACGACUGAGCUGACACCGGCGGAGUCCGAUGGACCGUUUCAUUUUGACCUGACCUUUGACCUUCUCCUACCCGGAGCGAAGGAAACACACCUUCCGCUUAAAACCGUAACAACCAACCGAUUCUUAACAAAACAGUCUUGUUACACAGACUGAUAUAAAUCACAUCUCUAAAUCUGAGACACCAAUAUGUUAGCCAAAUAUUGUAAAAUCUGUACCUGCAGUUUUAUACUAGACGACCUAUAACAGGAUACCAGGAAAGAUGGAUCUUUUUUUUCCAAUCUUGGAAAGUGAAAUCACAAGUUUCUCAUUGAGAGUCGAAGGAAACGAAGGUUUCAGUCGACGGAGACACAUUUAUACUUUUCUUUUGAGUAAAUCCAAUCCUGUUUCUUCCUCAGUUAGACAUUUCCGUGUCGUUUGUGUCUCCGCUGACAUCCUUUUGCAUGUUGUACAGUAAAACUUGUUGCGGGCCUCCCUGCAGCCUCUGCUCUCUCGGACAGGAAGUCUUAGCGCCCGUCCUUUUAAAAGCUUUUAAUGAUUUUAGUCCCGAUGGUGAUUUCAUGCACGUGAGACGCACACUUAUGUUCUUAAACUAAACUCACGUGACGACUUGCAGACGCAGAUCUGCUAGCAUCGCUGUCGCUAGCGUCUCCAGCCUCCAGAAAGGGGGCGUGGCCACAGUUGCAAGCUUUCUGAAGUUAACUUUUAAGGCUCUGUUUUUCUAAUUUAUAGACUCCAGUUAAGGUGGACUGGAGGACAUGUAUCUAUGAACUAUAGUAAUGUGAAAGUUACUCGUCUGUCUCAGCGACGUCUCGCUCUCGAGUCUUCUCUUCUCUUCCAGUAAUAAAAGUUCACCCUAGAGGUUAUUACUGAUGUGAAUACAACCAUGUGUAUAGGAGGAUGUGUAUGUAACGUGGCUUCAUUUGAUGAUAUUUUAAUAAAGUUAAACUGUUUUUAAUUUAAA